AUCCGACUUCACCAUCAGGAAAAUUUCUUAAAAUAUAUUUUCACCGAAACAAUCGAAUUGAGCGUUGAAACUGAUGUAAAUUGUGCAAAAACUAUUAAACUUUCUUUUUGCUACUCAAAAGAAUUAUUUUUAAACCUCAAAACAUGAUAAAAAAUUGAUAUUUUCUAAGCGGUCCUAGUUUUUGGUAACCAUAUGUCUGAGAAUAAUUGAUCCGAUUGGCCCUUUGGAGAAAACCAAAAUUUUCAUUCAUAAACAAAGCAAGCCGAUCAUUUUCGUAAAAAGUUUGCAAUCAAAAUCCGACCAGGAUGCGAUAAAAUUCUGUUCUGCAAUCAAUCAGUGGUCUACGAUGGAAAUUUCCGGGAUGUGUCGCAUUUGCACCGGAGAUUGUACCCUAUCCGGUGUGCCGUUUGUGACCAUUUUCGGGCCAUCGACGGCGGAAGAGGAAGGACUUGAAACGCUGACCGCAGCGGAAAUGCUUGCCUUCUGUGGGCAUCUUUCGAUCACCGCAAAUGAUCACCUACCAAAGAUCAUAUGCGUGCCUUGCUCGCAUCAACUGCAAGAAGCAUACCGAUUCAGUAUGAAAUGCCGUUUAUCUGACAGCAAACUUCGCGAUCGGCUCACCCGCCAAGUGACGAUCGUUGUCGCCGAAUCAGAUGACGACCAACAGAUACCGGACCGAAUCGUGGAUGAGUUCAUCGAACUGCCAUCGGCAAAGCCCAAGGACCAAAACGAAAUUCUCGUAGAUUUGAUGAUGCGUCGUGAGGAUGAACUGUUUGAUGAAAUUAUCGAACAGGAAAAGUUUUCGGCAGAUGAAACGUCUGAUGGGGAAAGUUUGGAACGCAUGGCGGACAAGGUAGAGCUAGCAACAGUCCGUGAAGAAGUCAUUGAUGAACAGACAGAUUCGGUUGAUGAAUUUAACGAUGAAGAUCUGAUCACUAUUUCGGAACAAAUGUCCGAUCUGGUAACGGAGGCAUCAGAUGACUCUGAGAUAUAUGACAAGAUUGACUUAGGUUUUGGGAACGAGAAUGAACGACCAACACCCAACCGAUUACAUUUACCCAAAAGGAGCCAAGUUUUGCCUGCCGAAGAGAUGAUUGUCGAACGAGAAGACCACGAAAAUUAUCAAAUAAUUUUCUACAACGGAAUUGCAUGCUGUGGCUGUGAUAAAUAUUUUUCUUCACAAGACGACUUGGAUUUCCACUGUCGUGAGCAUCAUAAACUAAAAAGACAAACUGGAGGCAUUUACUGUUCAUUGUGUAAAAAUAAAUUCCCUAGCUUAAGCAUCAAGAUUAGACAUGCAACCCAACGUAGCAUCCCGAAGUUAUAUGCAUGUAAGCUGUGUGAAUACGUUUGUCGUGACCGAGCUGCUAUUGAACGACACAUGGAAUUUUCUGUGAUACAUAAGAAACCGAUGAUGCGCUUUGAUAAGGUCAAAGAAGCAUUCGAAAGAAUUCCGGUUGAUGGCCACUUGUGCUGUGAUUGCUAUCAAAUGUUUCCAGACAAUGCUCAACUGGAAAAGCAUCACCAAGAUGCUCAUCAUCCAAAUAGAGUAAGUACAAAAAAUGAUGCUCUGAAAACUUGCAAUUUUUGGUGUUCUAAUUGUCAUCAAGUUUUCAAGCAUGGCCACAGAUAUCAGUCUCAUCGGAAGCGAAGUAAGGUGAAAUCGAUAUAUCGUUGCUUAAAAGACGGUUGCACUUAUCGCACAGGAAGUAUAAUAUUCGCUAGACUUCACCUCAGGAGUCGAGACCAUAAGUUACCUGACAUUAUCUCUGAACAAACGACGCCAAUCAAUUCAUCUCAUACCUCAACAAAUCAACGCUGUUGCUUUCGAAAGUGUUUGCAAGUUUUCGAUUCCAAGCAAUCUCUUCAGGAACACGUGGAUCAAGUGCACCAAGUCAAGCUCCUGGAGAACGAGCUUCGUCGAAAAAAAUCAACCCACGUUUGUUCGAUCUGCAACUGUAACUUUGAAUCUCGACGUGCCCUCAAGCGCCACCUCUUGGUCAAAAUUAAAAAUUUUGUUUGUGAUCAAUGCGGUUUGUCUGUGGCGUCGGCCUUCCAACUACGGAGUCACGUUCAACAGGUCCAUUCCAAUGUUCACAUUCAGAAGAAUUUCAAGUGUAACGAAUGUCCUCGAUCUUUUGUGAGUGAGGCAAACCUUCAACGACACAAGCGACGAGGGCACGAUAAACCAUCGGAAAAUGUGUGCUCGAUAUGUGGCAAGCAAUUCAAAAAUAAGGAGACCUUGUGGCAUCACUGGCGCAUCCACAACAAAACGGAAUCGCUCGAAUGUGAGCCCUGCAAGAAGGCCGGGAGACGAUACCAGUUCCGUAACUUGAAGACCCUUCGGCGGCACUACAAAAUAUCCAAAAUGCACAACGGUGAACGGAAGCAUAAGUGUACGUAUGAAGGAUGUACGAAUGCAUACGCUCACAAACCGGAUUUGCAGCGGCAUGAACAGACGGUCCACCGUGGAGAUCGUCCAUUUCAGUGCAAAGUUUGUGGUAAAGGGUUUGUCAGAGAUAGGGAUUUGAGGUUGCACGAGCGGCACCACACUGGUGCGAAACUUUUCUCUUGUGAAGAUUGCUCAGAGGGAUUCAACGUGUUCAAGGAAUAUAAAAAGCAUUUUAGUGAAGUGCAUGGAAAAGUAUUCAUGAUUAAAUGCGAGAUGGGAAACUUGGGCAGCAGAAAAUAGAAAACUCUAGAGUGGA